AUGGCUUCCUCCGACGCCGCCCUGUUGUUGAACCCACGGGCGCACAGAAAACAACUACAGAACAAGAAUGGUAAAGCCUCCCUGGAGCCCGAGCUCGAGCCCGCAUCAUCCUCCUCUCACCAGGACCCCACUUCAUCCUCCCCCGACGUCGCUGGUUCCCCGCACGACGAAGAAGGACCUCUGUCUUCGCUCCUCUUUUCGACGUUGCAUUGCCCCUCGUCCCCUUCCCUUGGAAGUAACACUCUUGGACCAGACACGGAAGACUCAUCGUUUCCAGGAUCCUCGACGAACCCACCGGACUCUUCCUCCACACCCGCCUCGCAGCGCAGUCCUGCCUCGUCCGUGGCGCCGCCGGGUACCGCCUCGGCCGCACAUCUACUCCUCAACAGCCCGCGCCGGCGCCAGCAGAGAAGGGGCGCCUCAAGAACGAACUCCCUCCCGAACUCGAAUAUGACAUCACGGUCUGGGACGCGAACCCCUUCGCUGGCGGGGGAUGCGACGAGCGCUUUGGCGCAGGUACAUCAGGCUGCGCCUACAAUCGAUGUUGAGUUUGCGAGCGCGAGCUCGGACUUUGAAGGCGACGAUCGCACGAGCAUCAAACGCAGCUCCGAGCACCUCGACGAUGACGGCCCUGAUGCGCGUCAUGGGAGUUUCAUAGAGAAUAUGUACGGGGUGGAAAGACGUGCGAGUCAGCCGAUCAAGAGGGUAAAGGUAGAGAAGGAUCAAGAAAUGAAGGCUGGGCAAAGUACAAACUUCUCCGGGACUGGAAACUCGGAACUCGGCGGAUGGAUGAAGGAAGGGCGGGACCAGGCGGAUUCGUCCUCGUCCACCGGGAAUGUCGUGGACUUGACUACAGAUGUAUCAGCUGCAGCCACCGACGACGAUGACAUACAGGUCACUGGGUCUAAUGAUCUCAGUCUACAGAGGGUAUGUUAUGGGAAGAUUGAGGGGGCGACGGUGCAAGCGCAGUUGGUCCCGAAGCCUUCGACCCACUCUCUUUUCGCAGACUCAACGCACGACUGGCCGUCAAUGAAACUCGGGGUGCAUCGGCAAACGCGCGGGAACAACCGCAUUGAAGUUUCUGACCCAAAUGGGAAGAUCUUUGGUGUGAUUGAUGCCAGAACAGCAGCCGUCAUUGCACCGUUACUGGAUUCGCCUGCCGUGAAGGUGGACCUGACUGCGCGGCUGGAUUUUCGACGGCGGAAGGAGGGCGAAUGGCCAUGGGUACCAUGUUCCGAGACCUACCGGGCGUCUAUCAAUCUAUACGGCCUCAGGAAAGAUGCUACGCUGGUCGGCAAGCACCUCGGCCAGCAUAAUGUAUGGCUUACGUCUCCAGUUGCGGUGGAACAGGGUGUGCCGACACUUAAUCCACACGCUGAGAUGCGGAGGGCUCAGGCUGCGUUUUUGCCGUCCGUGGCCGCCAGGGGUCGCGUAGGGGUCAACUAUGAGGUGCGAACCGCUGAGGAAGUCAACGAUGCAGUGAUGAAAAUGUUCGACCAGCUCCAGAGCAAUGAUAAUCUGCCUGAAAUGGAGCCCCCUUCUGGGCUGCGCACAUCUUUGCUUCGUCAUCAGAAGCAAGCACUCUGGUUCAUGACUGAAAAGGAAAAGCCGCGCAGAUUCGGUCCUAACGAAGCAGACAACAACUCGCUAUGGCGAAGGGAUUACCGGUCCGGCGGCAGGAGGAAAUACCGCGAAAUCAUCAGUGGCACGGUGCUCGACGAGGAGCCCCCGCAAAGCUUAGGUGGACUGUUGGCAGAUAUGAUGGGCCUUGGCAAGACGUUGAGUAUUCUCUCGCUGGUUCUGACUUCGUUGGAAGAGUCUACCAAAUGGGUGAAACAGGUUCCAGAUCCCGCGCUGGUCAAGAGCCUCCCUGGCAUCCGCAAUACUAAGACUACGCUGCUGGUGGCGCCUCUCAGCGCGGUUAACAACUGGGUGGCGCAGAUCAAGGAGCAUCUCGAAGAGGACGCAAUCUCAUACUACGUCUUCCAUGGCUCGUCUCGGACCAACGAUGUGGAAGAACUGUCCAAAUAUGAUCUUGUCAUCACGACGUACAGCAUCGUCCUCAGCGAAUUAUCGGGGAGGGGGGCGAAACGGGGGGUGAGUCCGUUGACCAAGAUGAACAUGUUCCGAAUCGUUCUGGACGAAGCCCAUACCAUCCGCGAACAGAGCGCAGCCCAGACUCAGGCCAUCCUCAGACUGAACUCGCAGCGCCGCUGGUCCGUGACCGGCACACCCAUCCAAAAUCGUCUGGAGGAUCUGCUCUCCGUGACGAAAUUCCUCGGUCUUUACCCUUACGACGACCGGGGUCGCUUUGGCAUGUACAUCCUAAGUCGCUUCAAGACAGGCGAUGCGACCGUGCUAGCCAGUUUGCGAGUGCUUGUGGAUUCGUUCACGCUGCGUCGAGUCAAGGACAAGAUCGAUCUGCCUCCGCGACAGGAUAUGAUCGUCAUGCUGAACUUCACCGAAAAGGAACGCCAGCUCCACGAGUUCUUCCGCAGGGAGUCGAAUGUGAUGAUGCGGGUGAUUGCCGGCGAAGAGAAAUCGAAGAUGAAAGGGCGAAUGUACCACCACAUUCUCAAGGCCAUGAUGAUCCUGCGCCAAGUCAGCGCCCACGGCAAGGAGCUUUUGGAUCCGGACGACCGCAAGCGGAUCAAGGGACUGAGUGUGCAGGAUGCGAUCGACCUGGAAGAGGGAGCGGGCGGCGAUAGCAGCGGCGCAACCGACAAGAAGUCCUACGAGAUGUUCACACUCAUGCAGGAGUCGUCGGCCGACACCUGUGCCACGUGCGGCAAGCGGCUCGAGGAGCCCAGUGCUGACAACGGCGCGGUCGACCGCCAAGCGGCCGUGGCCAUUGUGCUUCCCUGCUUCGACGUGCUCUGCCCGGACUGCUUCUCCGGGUGGACCCAGGCGUUCGAGCAAGCGCAGAUGAGCCACUCCCCGAACCUUCGGUGCCAGGUCUGCGACGGCUGGAUCCCGGCCUCGUACUCCAUCAUCACCGUGGGCGGGCUCCAAGACUACCUGGGGGACCAGGCGCGGGCGAAACAGAGCCGCAAACACGUGAAGCAGAUGGGCGAGUACGAAGGCCCGCACACCAAGACCAACGCGCUGGUGGCACAGCUGCUCGCCACGGCGGAGGAGAGCCAGAACCAGAACCAGAGCCAGGGCGAGUCGCAGCGGCCGUACAAGAGCGUGGUGUUCUCGGCGUGGACGUCGCACCUGGACCUGAUCGAGAUCGCACUGCGCGACAACGGGCUGCCGGGGUUCACGCGGCUGGACGGGACGAUGACGCUGGCGGCGCGCAACAAGGCGCUCGAGGAGUUUCAGCACAACGACGCGAUCACGGUGCUGCUGGCGACGAUUGGGGCGGGCGGCGUGGGGCUGAAUUUGACCUCGGCGUCCAAGGUGUACAUCAUGGAGCCGCAGUACAACCCGGCGGCGGUGGCGCAGGCGGUCGACCGCGUGCACCGCAUCGGCCAGACGCGGCCGGUGACGACGGUGCAGUUCAUCAUGGCGGACAGCAUCGAGGAGAAGAUCUUUGAGCUGGCCAAGAAGAAGCAGCAGCUGGCGGAUCUGAGCAUGAACCGGGGGAAGUUGGAUAAGCGGGAGGUGCAGGAGCAGCGGAUGCGCGAAUACCGGAGUUUAUUCAAGUGA